AGUACCUAGGGACCGGGACUGGUGCUCACGAGAGCCUGGACAAGGAGGCCGUUCACAAACAGUGGCCAAAUCGGGCAGAGACCUAGGUCUCGGGUCUCCACCAAUCGCAUGCCGGAAUCUAACUUCACUCUCCUUUUUGGCGAAGAUCUAAGUAUUGAGAUUCACCAGGAGCAAGCGCCUGCGCUGAUACAUCGUCCUAUGCUCUUUGUAACGUACCUCUGCCGAUGCUUCGGCGGAGACAGCGUAUCACAUUCUACAGCAGCUUCAUGGGCGACGCCGAUUGCACAGGUAACGUUCUUUCGAACGGAGCGAAGCUUGUUAAUUCGGCGUAUGGGCGCUGCGGCAGCGCCCUUGCUAUUCAUGGUCCGAUCGUGACUAACAAGGUAUCUACAGGUCGCGAGACGCAUGUUCUGUCUCCAGACACAUGUCCAUGCGCACACGAUGACCAUUCCGACCGGCAUCGUACUGCGUGGCCUUCACAUGGUGUUCGCGCAUGUUACGAUAGCGGCCAACCUCUGCAGUUUGGAGUCGCAUCUGGAGUCGCAGUAUGUCAGGCUCUGAUCGGGACUCUGCACCGAGCGAUCGGUACAUACCGUUCUCACAGCCUAAUCGCAGCACGUCAAUACACAUUCCAUGUCAGUAUUCAACAUCCGCAGGCCUUUGGCAUGCAUGUACCAAUGUUAUACCCCGCUGUAUUGGACAUCGCCCCUCCAGGCGGAUCGUGGCCGCAUCUGUGUCGCGCUUCUCUCCGGAGUGGAGCAGCAGACAUUCGCAAUACACGUGGGAUUCAAGCCACGCCCAAUGCUGCCUUUUCGGGGGUCCCUGGCCUCUGGUACUGGUACACUACUUGCUAUUUCGACCUAGCGCGAUGACAACGCCCUUGAAAACAUCUCCGCACAGGUGAUUCGAUGAGAUAGCAGCGGUGGACCCUAAGUCGGAGAUCAGUAGCCAGUACGCACCUCUGCCCGCGAAGCUUAGGCCCAUAGCUGUGUAGUCU